GGCAAAACAAACGCUUGCGUCCAGAAUUGAGCGUGCUUUGAUACCAGGUCUGUUGACGAGGGUGUCAGUGGGUAAAAUGAAAUUGUUAUCUUGAACUUUCUGGGGUUGUAGGAAUGAGCCGUUCGUUAAAUGGCUUUUCUCUGUCUUUUCUGGUAAUGACACCCGUGGCUCUGGUACGGGAUGAGUUCCGUAUUUGCUUGGACGAGGGUCAUCGCUGCAUCAUGAUGCAGUAUUAUUCACGUGGCCCUCGAUGUUGCGCAUCCAAGGCGAAGCCAAUUCGAACCCGGUUGUCUUGGGAAAACAUCUGCAGGUUAGCUAGAAUCCGAAUCACUUGGUAUGUUCUCUCGUUGAGUCUUAGGGGCGGCCAUUGACAUUCAUAUAGGUACCUGGCCAAUGUAUAAUACCAUGACUUCGAUCAGCAUUCCCAACAACAACGCCGACUGGGCGGCACUGACCUCGACAAUGCGAGACUCCCUACCCAGCACCUACAAUGUAUACCAUACCCCACGCCCCGGCAUUAUCUAUCGUUCUCUCGACCAUACUCUAGUGCUCGAUUCCGCAACGGAGAAAGACAUAGAAAAACUCUGCUCCGAGGCCCAAUUCCACCGAUUCGCCUCAGUUUGCGUCCGUCCCAAGCAUGUACGCCAGGCAGUACGAAGUCUCGAGAAAGCCCAAGAAGUUGCCAUUGACUGCGUCGUGGGUCAUCCGGACGGCAAGCAGGACACAGAAUCCAAAGAAGACGAAGCACGGAUCGCGCUCGAGCAGGGCGCGACGGAGAUCGACAUGGUUGUUAACUUCUCGCUCCUGAAACAAGCAAGGUACUCAGAGGUCUACGCGGAUGUCUUGGAGGUGCGCAAGAUCGCAGUAGACGCUAAACUGAAGGUCACUCUUGAGACGCCGGUGUUGACUCGCGACGAGAUCGUCGCGGGUUGUAUCAUUGCGAGCCUCGCGGGCGCGGAUUUUGUCAAAACUUGUACGGGGACUAGGGAGCCGUACCCGUCAACUGAAACUGUGAGUUUGAUGAGGGCUACUGUCGAUGCUAUUGGUAAGGGAACUAAGGUCAAGGCGAGUGGUGAUUUCAAGACUGCGGAAGAGAUUAUUCAGAUGAUGAAGGCUGGGGCUGAUCGGGUGGCUAGUUCUUCAUCGGCGGAUAUUUUGGAGGAAUUGAAUAGCGAGGAAUUGCACGAACAGGGUGCAUCACAUUCCAUGUAUUAGUCAUUGUGGUGUUAUAUAUUAAAAGUAGCUGUCGAGGUUGAAUUCAUCCGC